AUGACGAGUUCUGGCUCCGUCCACCCCGCAAGGCACCAGAGCCCUCUGGUCGUCGGUGGUCAGAGACGCCGCCGCAUCACCCGCAGACCCCAGAUGCCACGUCCAAACACUGCGCCCGCUCUCAUUCCCGAGUCAGUCUCUCUGCAGGAUGGUUUAGGUGCCAGGACCACAGACCGAACUACAGAUCAAACAGAACUUUCGAUUGCGCCAUCAUCCUCAGAGCCUUUCCCCUCGAUGAUUAGCAGUAUGCCGAAUCGCUCACCUGCGCCUUCGAUUGGAAGCACACCGAGUGUAGCAUGGGAAGGCAAGAAGAAACACGGCAUGUUUGGAUUGAAGACAAAGGACAUUGGCCGGCCUAAAAGUUCGCAUGGAUCUCCUCACCAACUAUCGCCUCUGCCUCCGCUUACGCCAGUGAAAGCCGCACAGGUAUUAGGUGUUGACUCUAGCGCUAGCAGACCAAGAAGCAGUUCGUUGGGCAGUCGGGUGCAGAACAGCGACAAGACCUAUUCUGAAAAGCAAGCUUCUAUGUCUGUAUUGACCUCUCUCAAGGAUUUUACGAGCAGGAAGGACAAACUCAAGGAAGAUGGUGGCCAGACUGAUCCGCACAAGUCCAAGGGCUUUUGGGAAACCAGUAAUAAGAAGGCGCAGAAAAUGCUGGGCUUACUCCCGUCACGCGGAUCAAGCACCAAGCACCAAGUUGAUUUGGAGCCCGUCGUGCCCGAAUCUCCGGAGCCGCACGCAGAGGAAGGCAAGACUUACUAUAGCAGUGAACCUGACCUCCACGUCUGCCCUCAUCUGCGUUCGCCAGCUGCUCGGCCAGUUUCCGGAGCCCGUCGCCGUCGCAUGCGCAAGAAGGCGCCUAAAUCUCUCGAUCGAAUGACACCUAUCACAGAAGCUUCCCAUGACGAGUUGCGUUCCUUCUACAACUGCGAAAGCAAUACUGAGCUAGAACUCAUAACAGAGUACGAGCACGAGUCUUCAUCUCACAACGCGCCAAAUCAACCACACACUCCACCGCUGCACACAGCCAUUGCGAGGUAUGCAUUGGACGAAGGCGACCUCUCACCAACGGAUGUAGCUCUUGAAGACGAUGCUGUGACUGAGGAUAAAGAACCUACCGUACACCCUGGCAACCAAGUCGACUUCAAAAAGUUGGAUUACCAGCAGCCAACAGUUGUCUACCUGCGCGGUCCAUUACAGACGGUUGAAGACCGCCUUCUCGAUGCAACAGAAGCACGACUUGCAGCCUUGAGGAUCAAGCAAAAGAAUAAUGACGCUGCUCGGCUGGUCUUAGACACGGAAAACAUUACCCUAAGGACAUCCCACGAGAAAAUGAAAGCGGAAUUUACGGCAAUGAACCCUGGCAUGCUCCCUGAAGAGCCUGUUAGCGAUGGAGAGUCUGAGAGUGAUGAUGAAGACUUGUUCUCGAUUCGCAGCAGCAUUGAUCUUGAAGAGCCUACCGUUCAUAUAGCCAAGGCCAUGACCUUUACACGAGUGACUCCAGGCAUGGUAAAGCUUGUGGAUAUUCCACCGAGAAAGCAGAAGCCUGCGACAUCACCUGAACACAAGCCCCUUCUUGCUUUAUCUGAUGGAACAAAUUCUUCCUUCAAACCGACUUACUAUUUUGAGCACAACGAGAAAAUCAGUCCGUUCAAUGAACGCAGCCGCAACGUGGAGCCUACCGCCAUGCCAGGUCAUCUCACUAUGCAAAACUACAACCGCAUCCACAAAGUGAAGAAGCCGAAGCUUCCGCGAGAAGAGUCGCAGAUGCUAGUUCAGAACUGGAUCUCUAUGUACGACCACACUAAGCAGCGUCCUUUGUCCGAACGUCUCGAUGUGGACGUGCUUGCCGACCAGCAAAUUCCCCCGGCACCAUUUCCAAAAGAAGACCACACUACGCCCACUCGUCCGCCACGAACAUCAUCCAAAGAGCAUUAUUGCCUGAGAAACGGCCAUAUAUUUCAUCCUAUCAAUCUCAAAAAUGUCCCCGAUGAAGUCGCCAUCAACCGACUCCAAGUCCGUCCCUACCUCCAUACCCACGUUGGACGCAAACAGCACGUCCAUGUUCCCGUGUUCUGCGAUCGGUGCGACGAAGAUGUCAAGGAAGAGCUCUGGGAAUGCGACAUUGCUGUUUGCAACAUGGUGGUUUGUAAGGAGUGUGCGGUGGACAUGGACCUGGAGUGGCAGGAACGUGUGAUUGCUGCCUGGGAGCAUUGA